AUGGCCAAAAUCUAUGGCAACAUCUUCACGUUAUGGAUUUCAGAUGUUCCAAUGGUUGUCCUGCAAGGGUUUAAGGCAGUGAAGGAAGGUCUGACUGUCCAGGCUGAAGACGUUGCUGGAAGGCCAACGAAUAAUAUGUAUCACCUUUUAACUCAUGGAAAUGGUGUUAUGUUCUCUAAUGGUCAUCUCUGGAAGCAACAGAGGCGUUUUGGACUUGCAACCAUGAGGAAAAUGGGAGUAGGGAAAAAAGACCAAGAGUAUCAGCUCCAAGAGGAGGCCCAUCACCUGGUGAAAUACUUACGGAAAACAAAUGGAAAACCUCUGGACCCCUCUAUGCCUAUUGUUCAUACUGUCUCAAAUGUGAUUUGUUCUGUGGUUCUUGGACAUCGUUUCUCUAUUGAUGAUGAAAAUUUUCACCGCUUGAUUGAAUCCAUUGAUACUAUAACAGCGUUUGGGAACAGCAUCUCUUAUUUUGUAACAGAAAUGUUUCCCUGGCUCGCAAAAUAUUUCCUAGCACCAUUUAAACAGGCUGUGUCCAGCGUAAACUUUGUGAAAGCUCUAUUAGCAAAGGAAAUUAAAAGCCACAAAGAAAGAGGAAAACCAGAUGAAAAUCGAGAUUUUAUUGAUUACUAUUUGGAUGAGAUAGAUAAAACUAAAGGAGACGCUGACGCUACCUAUGAUGAAGAAAAUCUGAUGCAGACUAUCUUCGACCUCUUUAUCGCAGGUACAGAAACUACAGCCACCACUUUACGUUGGGCAUUGCUCUAUAUGGUGGUUUAUCCUGAUGUUCAAGGGAAAGUCCAGAAGGAGUUGGAUGAUGUUCUGGGUUGUUCCCGUUUAAUUAGCUACGAGGACAGAAGAAAGCUGCCCUACACCAACGCCGUAAUUCACGAGAUCCAGCGAUACAGUAAUAUAGUCCUGAUUGCACUUCCCAGGCAGAGCGUGAAGGACACACGGCUGCUGGGAUUUUCUGUUCCAAAGAACACCACAAUUUUAGCAAAUAUUGACUCUGUUCUUUCUGAUCCCGGGAAAUGGGAGACACCUGAUCAGUUCAACCCAGGCCACUUUCUGGAUAAAGAUGGAAACUUUGUGAACAGAGAGGCAUUCUUACCAUUUUCAAUAGGGCACCGCGUGUGUAUGGGGGAGCUGUUGGCAAGGAUGGAGCUCUUUAUUGUCUUCUCCACCUUGUUACAGGCAUUCACAUUCACCCUGCCAGAAGGAGUGAAAGAAGUCAACACAAAGCUUGUUUUUGGGAGCACGAUGAAGCCACCUCCCUACCAGCUUUGUGCCAUUCCUCGGGAGGCAGUGGUGCCUCACAGGCUCGGGGAAGGCUUACUCCACAGGAUUGUUUCUGCAUAG